CAACACCUCUGAGAGGAUGCACCCGUACGUGAUCAUCUGUGGAGUGUUUCAUCUGUCAGCUGUGAUCCAGUCGCAAACACUCAGACAGGACACCGGAGUGAAAGCCGUCACCGUCGGGGAUGAUGUGACUUUAUUUUGCUUCUAUAACAGCCAAGUGGCGAUGCACUUCUCCUGGUACCGACAGCAGCUAGGAAGCAAACCUGAGCUCCUGUCCACGAUUUACAAAUUUGGUGAUUCGUCCAAAGUCUUCUCCUGGCUGGAGAAGAACCCCCGUUUCACCGUGGAAAGGGACGAAGGGAUGAAUCAUUUAAAAAUCUCCGACAUCCAGCUCUCAGAUUCGGCCACUUACUACUGUGGGAGCUCACAUUCCAACAUGGUGGAGUUUGGAGAAGGAGUCUUUCUGAGUGUUAAAGGAGCUACGCGCCAGCACCAGGGAAUCAUCCAGGAGCCAGCAUCAGAGACCAUCCCUCCAGGAGGCUCUGUGUCUCUCAACUGCACAGUAAACACUGGGUUCUGUGACGACGAACCCAGCGUCUACUGGUUCCGACACGGAUCUCGUCAAGGAAUCCUUCACGCGCACAGGGAUCGGUGUAAACCCGUCUCUGCGCCGGCGCCUCCCUCACAGAACUGCGUGUACCAUCUGCAGAAGGUGAACCUGAGCUCCUCGGAUGCUGGGACCUACUACUGUGCCGUGGCCUCCUGCGGGGAGAUUCUGUUCGGAAAUGGAAGCACGCUGCUGGUCGGAGAUGCUGUCGAAGACCAAGUGGCCCAGAUAAGAAUCUUAGCCUGGCUGUCUAUCAUUAGAACGGGGAUUCUCCUGUUCUUUCUAACUGUUUGUCUCAUUGUUUAUGUCAGUAAGACCUGUUAAAAUCCAUGCAGCCACAGAUGUAACAUAACCAAAUUACUCAAAUUACCCUUUGCAUUAUUUAACUUAGUCUAAUAAAACUUCGCCUUUGGUCUGUGCUGGUUGUUGCGCACACGUAUGCUUCUUUUGUUUGGCUCUAACUGAAAUUAUUUGGCUGUGAUUAUACAAAAUACUGCUGGUUUAAAUAGUGACACUUGCACCAAAUUUAUAAUAACCACCAUUUAAUGGGUUGACAGAGUUUCAACACACCAUCAGUGUAGGUUCAGGAUGAUUGCUGACAUAGACUGUCAGUCUGAAACUCAUCUACGUUGUGAAAUUCAUAUAAAACAAUGAGUCAGCGGUUGACAGGGCAGCACAGUUGACCGCACAGUUGCUGAAAGGUGUGAAUGCAAUGCAUUCUGUUGCCUCUAACGUUCUCUCUUAUGUAAAUAUAGCUGCUUUCUUGUUGUCUUUAACUUAAGUGUUCGGUGAUUUUAGUAGACGGCGUCGUGGUUAUCAGGAUUUUAGCGUUACGCAGCAGAUGCUCGGAAGUGAAUGCUGGUUAACAUGUAGCUUGAAUGGCUUUUAUGCGUUUUAAUCACUAUUUCAUCUGACAGCAGAAUCAGAAAAAUAUGUAAAUCAAAGCAUCUUUAUAAAUCCAAAAGAACAAAAUAAGUUUAGGUUGAAUUACUGAAUAUCUUCAGGGUGGAGUUUCUUUGCAACAAAACGAAGGCAUCCUGCUUAAAACCACAUGUAUGUGAUAACAAAGAAAGCACAGCGUUUCAAGUAGGCCAAACUCUCCCACCAUCUAUGAAGUUUCUCUCGAGUUUCUGCUGACCACAGCAGUGUGACAAAAAAAAGACUCAAAGGUGUGACCUUAUUCUGCAGCGAAGCUGAAAUGUCACUGCAUGUGAGACGUGAAAGAAAGUCGUACCGCGCGGUUUUCUUUUUUUGCGAGUUUAUUUGAGGUAGACGCACAUUAGUUCAGGAAAAAGAACAGUCCGCUCACUCAUAUGUGAUGUUCAGUUGAUUUCAGCAACUUCAUUUAUGUGAGCACAGUAAAGCUGCCAAAAACUGAAAAUGUCUGUUUCUAGAUCAGAUUUGUGAUAUGUACAGAUAUAUAUGCAACAUUUAAAUAACCCCAAUACUAUAAAGCUGUUGUGUUUCUGGAUACUCUGAAAUCAUUGUCACCACAUUUUCUGUGCUUAUAUGUAUGCGUAUUUAAAAUCAGUGCUCAUUAACAAGAAAUAAAAGUUUAGUUUUUUGUUU